UUCGUAGAGGAUUAUUUCGUCUUCUUCUUCCUUUCUUAAAAAAAAAAAUUAUUUUGGGGUAGAGGGGAGGCGUAGGUGGGAGUUGUUAAUGAAACUGAAAAAAAAUCAGUAACGGUCUUAAGUUGUUAGGAAUAGGCUUGUACAGUCAGUAGAGCCCAAGAAAUAAUUUAACUUUCCUUAGUUUCUUAAUUUUUAUUGGAUCUUUGUAUAGUUGACCCAAUCUAAUAUUUUAACUUGUAUAUAUGUGAUAUUUCAGAAAUCAAUUGACGGUUUUUGCCAAUUUUCAUAUUUACAUAAGAUAUGAAAUCAUUUCUUCGCAUUCUUUCUCUCUCAAUUUCUAGAUUCUUCCAUUGUGUAUUUGCUUCGAUUCCGCACUCGUGUAAGUUUACAUGGUAUCAAAGCACGAGAUCUUGAUAUUUCUGCUCUUCCUCUUUGAACGGUGUUAUCCUUGAAGAUUUUCGUUAAGAUUUACAGAUCAAGGUGAUUUUUUUUCGUGAUUUUGGAAACUUUAAAGAUUUUUUUGCUUGGUAUACUUCGAUUCAGCAGCUCUCGGUGAUUUUUGAUAGCUUUUAAGCUGGAUUUUGGUACUUUUUGGUUUCAACUUCUUUCUGACGAUUUCGACGGUGAUGAUUUAUCUGUUGCUAGAGGCUCUUACUCCUUCGAAUGGUGAAGAAGGCUGGUGAAUUUUGAGAAUAAGCCAAGGAUGAACUUUGACAAUAGGAAGUCCACUAUAGGCUUUGACAAUAGAAGACUUAAUUUCCAGCAAAAUCAGGAUCAAGACGCUACUCAUCCACCUGCUCAUUCACAAUCACAAUCUUCUACUUCAUCUCUUCUCGCCUCUGAUGAUCUUUAUGGAUUUAGCAAAGAACAACAUGAUCAUCUUCUCUCCAUGCUGCAACAGAACAGGUUGCACGAUUCUGGAUUGUGUGCUUCUGCCACAUUUGGCCAUUCACUGAAGAAGCCACUGGAAGUUGGAAAACUCUCCAAUGGACUAUAUGUGCUUCAGCUGAAUGACUCCCUUCAAUUACCAACCAUUACUUCCCAGGUUGCUGCAUUCAAUGUAUCUAUCUCCAACACUAUUUUUCCUCUGUUUUCAACUAUACCUGAAAAUUUUUCCUUCCCUGUUUCCUCUGGACUUUGUGAUAAAAAUGUAUAUAGUGAUAUUGUUCCUCCUAUUGAACCUAAUUCUAUUACUAGUUUUGAUGAUUUUUCUUCUGUUUCUUUACCUAAUUCUGAAAGUUAUUUGCAAACUCAUGAUGUUUGUAGGACCUCUCUUGAUUGUACUAAUGCUGCCAGUCCUGAUUUGGCUUGGCAUCAAAGGCUGGGACAUAUGCCAUUUGCUAAAAUGAAAGCUAUUCCUUUCCUUAAAUCUGUUUUACCAAACAAGCAAAUAUUUCACUGUUCUAUAUGUCCUAUGACAAGACAACAAAGUUUACCAUUUUCUGAAAGUGUUAUUCAUUCCACAAUACUUUUUCAUCUAGUUCAUCUUGAACUUUGGGGCCCUUAACACACCCAAACAUACAAUGGUUUCAAAUACUUCUUAACUAUUGUAGAUGAUUAUACUAGAUGCAUAUGGACCACUUGUUAACCAUUAAGUCGAAUGCGUUCACUAUGAUUAAGUCUUUCUUUUUCUUUGUUCAACAUCAGUUUAAGGUAAACAUUCAAAUAAUUAGAUCCGAUAAUGCAUUUGAACUAGGUUCUAGCAGUGAAGCCAUCCAAUUUUUCUCUUCCCAUGGUAUUUUUCAUCAAACUUCAUGUCCCCACACUCUACAAUAAAAUGGUGUAGUGAAAAAAAUACAAACAUUUGUUAGACACCUCACGAGCUCUUUUUUUCAGUGCAAACUCCCAAUCAAGUAUUGGGGUGAAUGUGUUCUCACUGCUACCUUCCUCAUUAAUCGAUUUCCUUCUCCUUUGUUACACAACAAAACUCCUUUUGAAAUUCUCUGUGGUACUCUUUCCUCUUAUUCUCAUCUCAAGAUAUUUGGCUGUUUAUGCUAUGCCACUGUUCCUAUCCCUCAAAGAGACAAAUUUUAAUCUAGGUCCUUAUCUUUUGUCUUCCUUGGCUACUACAUCGGCAUAUCUCUUUCUUCUCACAAGGUGUUUUUCUCCAGGGAUGUCCUCUUCCAUGAAUCCAUCUUUCCUUAUGCUCCUUCCCUAUCUAUUCCUCCAUUUCAUUCUUUCCUCUCCCUUCUCAUUUCUGAUUCUAUUUCAGCUGAUACAUCCUCUUCUUCAGUUCCAUUGGUUCCAUCUCAACCUAAAAAAUCCUCUAGGAUUGUUUCCACACCUGCCUAUCUUAAAGACUCCAAUUGUUCUUCUGUUUCUAGUUCCAAGUCUUGUUUUUCUGGUGAAAGUGGCAUACUUGAGCCAGAAUAUUAUCACCAGGCUUCUGGUCACCCUGCUUGGCAACAGGCUAUGCUAUAAGAAUUUACUGCUUUGAAGGCUAAUUAGACCUGGGAUACAGUCCUUUUACUUUCGAGCAAGAUGGCCAUACCUUCUAUAUGGGUUUAUAAGAUUAAACAACGAGCUGAUGGGUCUAUUGAGCGAUAUAAAGCUCAGUUGGUCAUUCGUGGGGACAAUCAACUUGAAGGAGUUGAUUAUAAUGAGACCUUUUCUCCCGUAGUCAAAAUGUCUACCAUUAAAUGCGUAGAAAAGCUGAAAAGUAUUUCAGCUUGAUGUCAAUAAUGUUUUUCUUCAUUGGGAUCUUUUGGAGGAAGUGUACAUGAAGAUUCCCCAGGGCAUAUAAGUUUUUCAUUCUGAUUCUUCUUCUGGUCCUCUUGUAUGCAAGCUCAAAAAGUCCUUUUAUGGACUUAAACAAGCUUCUCGCCAGUGGUAUGCUAAAUUGUCCCAUCCUUUACAAUCCAAAGGUUUCAUUCUCAGUCCAAAAGAUUAUUCUCUAUUUACCAAAUCUGCUGGGACUUUUAUUACUAUCGUUGCUGUGUAUGUGGAUGAUAUUUUGCUUAUUGGCAAUGAUUCCACCCAAAUUUCUUCCUUGAAACAGUUUCUUGAUGAUAGUUUCAAUAUCAAGGAUUUGGGUGAGGCCCAUUAUUUUCUUGGUCUGAGAAUUAUUCGUCAGCAUUUCGGGCUGCUUGUGACUCAACAUAAAUUCACUUCAGACCUUUUAUCUGAGUUUCACUGUUCUAAUGUUUCUCCUGUGGCUACUCCUUUGGAGCUUUAUGGAAAGUUAUCUGCUGAUGUGGGCACUCCUUGCCCUGAUCCCAGCAUUUACCGUAAAUUGGUUGGAAAAUUCAAUUAUUUGCAGUAUACGCUCCCCGAUAUUUUCUUUGUUGUCCAACAUCUAAGCCAGUUUCUACAUUGUCCCCGUAUGCCUCAUUUAGAGGAUGGAUUCCAUAUAUAGCGUUAUCUGGCUGGUACUCCUGAUAUGGGCAUUCUUUUGAAUAAGUCUGAUGAUUUUUCACUCACUGGUUUUUGUGAUUCUGACUGGGCUGGUUGUAUCCAUACCAGAAGAUCCAUCACUGGCUUUUAUAUUUUAUUUGGUGGUUCCCCUGUUUCAUGGAAAUCCAAUAAGCAACCCACAAUUGUUCUUUCUUCAGCCGAGGCUGAAUAUAGGGCUCUUCGAAAGAUCGUGGCAAAAAUUUCUUGGUUAGUUCGUUUGUUUGCUGACUUUGGUGUCUCCCAUUUUCUCCUGUACAGGUUCUCUGUGAAAAUCAAGCUGCCUUGCACAUUGCAAGGAAUCUGUUUUUUCAUGAGCACACCAAAUAUAUUGAGAUUGAUUGUUUCUUCGUACGGGAAAAGUUGAAAGCUAGUUUGAUCUCCUUGCAAUACGUCCCUACUUCCCUGCAACUGGCUGAUCUUCUCACUAAACCGCUAACUGGUGUCCAGCACCGGGAUCUACUUUCCAAGUUGGGUUUGGGUUCCAGCUUGAGGGGGGAUGUUAGGAAUGAGCUUGUACAGUCAGUAGCGCCCAAGAAACAAUUUAACCCGCCUUAGUUUCUUAAUUUUAAUUGGGUCUAAUAUUUUAACUUGUAUAUAUGUGAUAUUUCAGAAAUCAAUUGACGGUUUUUGCCCAUUUUCAUUUUUACAUCAGAUAUGGAAUCGUUUUUUCUCAUUCUUUCUCUCUCAAUUUCUAGAUUCUUCCAUUGUGUAUUUGCUUCAA